CGGUCCCUGGCCUCGCGCCGUUGAAGCGUGGAGCGCGGGACACGAGAAUUGCGAGGCGCGAGAUCGGGAAGGUGUCGGCGAGGUUCAGGAGGGAUCAGGAGGUACCAGGAGGAACCAGGAGGAGGAACCAGGAGGGAGCAGGGAACCCAGGACCAGUCUCCGGGGACUCUAGUCGGAGAGCAGCGGCCCACAGCUCCCCCCCGGCCUGGUGGCGAGGGCGCCGCGUCUCCUCCUCCUCAACCUUCCCGUGGGCCGCGCGGCCAUGGACAUGAAGAAGAUGAUCACGGAGAUGCGCGGGAAAGCGCCGGCAGAGGUGAAGGAGUUGGUGCUGGACAACUGUGGCUGCCGCGAGGGCAAGGUGGAUGGCCUCACGGAGGAGUUUGAGGGCCUGGAGCUGCUCAGCCUCAUCAACACCGGCCUCACCGCACUCUCCAGCCUGCCCAAGCUCCUCAAACUCAAGAAGCUGGAGCUCGGUGGGAAUAAGAUCACGGACGGCUUGGAGGCGCUGGUGGAGAAGACGCCCAACCUCACGUACCUGAGCCUCACCGGUAACAAGAUCAAGGAUCUGAGCAGCCUGGAGCCGCUGAAAAAGCUGGAGAAGCUGAAGAGCUUGGACCUGUUCAACUGCGAGGUGGUGAACCAGCCCAACUACCGCGAGGAGCUCUUCCGCCUGCUGCCUGCCCUCUCCUACCUGGACGGCUUCGACCGCGACAACCAGGAGGCCUCCGAGUCGGAGGACGAGCACUACCCCGGGGAGAGCGAUGAUGAUGAGGACGAUGAGGACGACGACGAUGAGGAGGAUGAAGAUGAGGAUGAGGAUGCCGUGGGCGAGGACGACGAGGAGGAUGAGAAUGACGUCGGCCUGGAAUAUUUGGCACGGGAGAACCUUCAGGAUGACGAGGAUGAUGGAGAGUACAAAUUCAAGGACGAAGACGAGGAAGAGGAGGAUGAUGAGGAUGAUGAAGAAGGGGAAGAUGGAGCCAAGGGGGAGAAGAGAAAGCGCGCCCCGGACGACGAAGGUGAAGACGACGACGACGAUGACGACGAUGAAGAGGAUGAGUGAAAGCCGGCAUGCGUUGGCGUGUCGGUGGGCAAGGAGGUGCCGGGCGAGGGGGGGGUGGGGGGUGGGCUAGGGGCUGGGUAGUCGGGUGACGUGCGUGUGUGUGUGUGUGAAUGGGGGAGUGAAGCUUUAGGCCGAACUGUGUUUUGGAAACUGCACCCGUUUUUAGUGAAUCCCCCUGUGGAGCUGCACAGUCGAAAUACAAUCACGCAAUCAAUGGAGGAUCGUAACAAUUUGGCGAAAUGCACGGCUGAACCGUUGACUUUGCAAUUCGAAAGCACUGCAUCGUGGCAUUGGUAAGACGCCGGUUCCGUGGUGGUCCGUGUACACGCCGGUUCUCACCGUAAACGGGCAGAACCAUCGCGGCCGCACGGUCGGUUCGGUGAAAAGUCGAACCAGCCUCCGUGACCUUAUUCGGGUGAUGUGCGAUCGGAAUAACUGAGUAUCGGAAUGUCUCAACAAUUGAUCGGCAGCAGUACAGGGACUACUCUACUUACGAACGAGUUAGGUUCUAGAGGUUUGUUCGUAAGUCGAUUUGUUCGCAAGUCCAACUUUACUCCUAUCGAUUCCAAACACGCUGUACGAUGUGUACACUAAACGUGUGUAAUGGCUUUAAAAGUUGUGUAAUCUCCUGUAGAUGUAGAUGCCACCACCGCCAACUAUUGCGGGGCGGUUGAACUUACGAUUGUUGGUCCAAACAGGCAACUGGACUUAGAGGCGGGUUUGUUCGUAUCACUGAUAGUUUGUAGAGGGGUCCUUGUCGCCAGUUGUUCAUGUUUAACGGAACACGUGCAGCGAUGUGAAUGUUUUCAACAUCCAUUGUGCGCCGUGACGGGGCCACCACGAGGGGGCAUCGCUGGACAAAUGACACACUUGGAUACCGAGAUUGAGAAUCUUUUUUUUUUAAACGGUUAACAGUACUUUCAUAAUUAAUGCUUAUUACACAUGAGUUAAUGAGUAUUGAUUACAAAUUAAAAGGUGUCUUUUAACUGUUUUAAUUAAAAAAAAUAGUUUCUUCCCUGGGGACUCUAAACCUGGUGUCCUCCACGUGUACAGCCAGGCCCCUGCUCGACUGUGAGGCAACGCAUCCUUGCCAUGUUUGUCUCUCCACAUGGCAAUUCAGAGUCUUCUUUUACACCCUUCCCAUCGGCCACCCAGGGCCCUGUACGCCUGCAUCAUCAUGCAACGUCUGCCGAUUGGGAAACCGGUUUUAGUCACAAAUUGGAUUUAUUUAUCGUGGAGGAGGAAUCCGAUGAGCUGUGAAGCUCUUUUUUACAGAUGUCCAGCAAAGGGGAAUGGGUCUGCGAGUUACAUCGACAAACAAUACAACAACAACAACAAAAACGAUGUAAGAGCAAGACGGAGAAAAGGUUAAGCAAGUCGCUAAAAUUUAAUACAGAGUAUCGAAGUAUACAUUUCACGAAUAUAUAAAUCCCCGCCGGUCAUUGUCAAUGCCAAACGCAAGCUUCAUAAAGUCUUAACGAUAAAUAGAUGCCUCGGUGAGCGUGACGUUUAUUAAAACAACCACGGGACAUUUUUGAGAAUUACGCGAUGUAGUAUUAUUAUGCGAUGACUGGAUCGGCCGCACGUUUGUGUGGCGGAGUAAAGAGGGACGGAACGCGCGGGGUGGACUCGACGGUGGCGCGGAACUGGCGGCGCGACGCGUGCGGUGGGUCCCGUGAUGCCCGGGGGCGGUGCACCCCCAAGCAAAGCGCCUGGCAAGGCCGCAGCGCUGCAGUCGGGAGGAAGAGGCUGGGAGACUCCGCUCCAGGGAGACCAUUGGAGUGUUGUCACACGGGACCAACGAGCUAUCGAUGCAACCUCACGAGACACUUUUUUUGCACUUGCCAUACCAAACCUUCCAUCGCUCGUGCAUCCCGCGUCUCCCUGUGCCUCCUUACCGCAUUCCCUGCUAUCGUGGUCUUUUUGUUCCCCUCGCCCCCCGUCCUUAUCCGACGUUUAAUUGUGCUGCCCGUGAAUCAGAACGUCUGAAAUUCCCUUCUUCGUGACUAUAUUUCGGUCGGUGACAUGUAGAAUUGUGCAAAUCCUAUAGAGGUAAAAAAAAACAGAAAGCGAGAAUUCCCAUUCAAGAGACUGAAAAUCACAUGUGUAGGGGGGGGGGGGGGGGCUGUUAAACUGAACUAAGGGUUUCACAGUGUGACACUUCGGCUGCAUUAACACGAAAUCCAGAACUGGCCGUGUACUUUCAUUUAUUUGACGGGUCAUUUUCAGAAUUUGCCCAGGAAGCAGGACUACUAGUUAGGAGCCGUCCAUAAAUGAUGUCACGCACCUAGGGGGGGGGGGAGGGUGGGGUCAGACAUUUCUGACGCCGUGUGACGAGGGGGGGGGGCAAAAAUCGUCCAAAAUCACGUGACGUCAUUUAUGGACGGCCCCUUAAUUACGGAACCGUGUCACCUGAAUGUGACUCUGAAAUCCUGGCACCGUCGUGUUGAACUCCGCGUAGCCCCUGUCGUCCUUACCCCCGCGCCUCUGAUGAGCACGGUUGGCUAUGUACGGUGCAAAAGAAGUCCAACGUACACGCGUACACACUCCGCAUGCGGUUGUUUCCGUCGCCGCCCGUGCAGUCGGCGUCGCACCACGCGUCCCCCGCUGCGGUGCUCGCCCUCGCCCCGUGUGUUCCCCUCAGCACCUACAGCAACACUGUCGGUGACCACGUGUGCGUGGUCUUGCCUGGUGGACACCUCGUGCCCACGACUUGUUCACCAGCGGUGAGCGUGCCCACCGCUUGGAGCGCCGCGGUGGCGAGGCGUUAUCUCCCUCGUCUGGUACGCAGGAGGUCGUGGGUUCGAUUAAGACCCUGACGCCUGCUGCUGUAUAUUUGGAGUUUGCGUGUCUCCCCGUGGUCGCGUGGAUUUUUUUUCUCCAGGGCCUUGAGUUUAUCGCUCCAAAUUUAGAAUCGACGCGCGUUUAGAGAAUUUGGCUGCUUUCAAUUUCCGUGUGAUAAUCCACUUUGUUUGGCUAUCAUUUGUGGCCACUACUCUUGUGAAAAAGAGCUACAUAGCUCGAUGGGUUUUACCGGGUCAAAUAAAACAGACGAGGGUUGACGCUAACGGUGCAGUUUUCAUGGGUCUGGUUCCCAACACGAGCUCCCCAGAAUGUAAACACAAGUAGACAUUAAAAUGUUAAGUUUUUGAGACGUGUUGAGUUAAAUAUAAAGUGUGCUUUUUUUUUUCUUCUAAACUUGGGUUUGUCUUUUGCUGUGUAGGCCAGCUCGUGCACCCCCACGUUCUUAGCUCGCGAGUGUUUUGUAGUAUUCUGUUAAUCAAGCAGGCGAACCUCUGCUCCGCAAUGGUCCCGAAGUUCUGUUUCUGUAAUCGUGCCCAGAAUUGUGCGCAUCCCCCGAGAAAACAAUCGCCAUUCGCACCGGGGGUCCGUCGAGUGAUGGUAAAUCAGCUCCUGUUUUGGUAUAUCUUGUUCGGUAGCCGUUACUUCAACAAUUGGGGGGGGCGGGGGGGGAAAUAUAUCGCUGAACGAUUAAGCGCGGAAUACUGCUGCAGUCAUUCUCGACCACUAACCCCUCCCGAUUAAAAUGUUAAUUGACCAAAUACGUUGGGGCGUAAUCCGUCUUCGUCGUUUUUCGGUUCAACUCGCUCUACCUUUUGUCGCUGUGAUGACGCAAAUUCUGGUGUCCCCUAACUUCAUCCUGGCAAGCGUGCCGCCCCAAUGUGAACCACCCAGCACUGGGAGGCUCUGCUGACGUGAGCGACCGAGGGAGGUUCAAAGCCAUAUCCCACGUAAUGAUGGAGUUUGCGGUACCCCGUGUUGAUUGGCGAAUCCCAGUCAGCCUGUUCCAGAACAAUACAUUUAUACCGUUUUGUUGACAGUACAGUUUAUAUAUAUUUUCAUGUUAAGGUUGAAUUGUCUGGCGGCGUUCAAGUUGUGUCCACCUUGGAAUUGCUUAUAAACUGCUUUAAUAAAACAUUUUGGAUAUACA